CACACACACACACCCUCCUCAGUUCUUGUAUCACUGAGGAUCUGGCAAGCAGCUCUGUUCUGACAGAGUGCACAGCAUAUAUUGGUGGAUUCUUGUCCCCAGUGCAUCUGUUUUAAGAAUUAAGGAAAGCAGUGUCAGGACAGUAAGGCUUCCACAACACUCACAGAAAAUGAAUCUAACUGCAUUCACCCUAUUCUUGGCAUUGAUUAGUGGUGUCAUUGGUCAAUACUACUAUGAUUAUGAUUCCCCUCUAUUCAUUUAUGGGCACCCAUCACCAAACUGUGCCCCAGAAUGUAACUGCCCUCAGAGCUAUCCAACCGCCAUGUACUGUGAUGAGCUCAAGUUGAAAAGUGUGCCUAUGGUACCUGCUGGAAUCAAGUACCUUUACCUUAGAAAUAACCAGAUUGACCACAUUAAUGAGAAAGCCUUUGAGAACGUGACUGAUCUGCAGUGGCUCAUUCUAGAUCACAACCUUCUAGAAAAUUCCAAGAUAAAAGGAAAAGUCUUCUCUAAGCUGAAACAAUUAAAGAAGCUGCAUAUCAACCACAACAAUCUGACCGAGUCUGUGGGCCCACUUCCUAAGUCUCUAGAGGACCUGCAGCUUACACAUAACAAGAUCACAAAGCUGGGCUCCUUUGAUGGGCUGGUAAACCUGACCUUUGUCCACCUUCAACACAAUCAGCUCAAAGAAGAGAGUGUUUCAGCUUCUCUGAAAGGCCUUAAAUCACUUGAAUACCUUGACUUGAGCUUCAAUCAGAUGAGCAAACUGCCUUCAGAUCUCCCAGCAUCCCUUCUAACUCUCUAUUUAGAUAACAAUAAAAUCAGCAACAUCCCAGAUGAGUAUUUUAAGCGUUUUAGUGCAUUGCAGUACCUCCGUUUAUCUCACAAUGAGCUGGCCGAUGGAGGAGUACCAGGCAAUUCCUUUAAUGUAUCAUCCCUGCUCGAGCUGGAUCUCUCCUAUAAUAAGCUUAAAAGCAUACCAACCGUGAACGAAAACCUGGAAAACUAUUAUCUGGAGGUCAACCAAAUUGAGAAGUUUGAUGUCAAGAGCUUCUGUAAGAUCCUGGGACCAUUAUCCUAUUCUAAAAUCAAGCAUUUGCGUUUGGAUGGCAAUCCUCUCACCCACUCCAGUCUGCCCCCUGAUAUGUAUGAAUGUCUACGUAUGGCAAAUGAAAUCACCGUGGAUUAAUAUCCUCCAUUGCUAAUCAUCCUGAAGAAUCAUCUGGAGCUAUAUUUGACAAUUAAGUUUUCCUGUGUGUGUGAAGUGUUCAUAAUUUUCAUUGUUUUUGCUGUUUAUUACUUCCGAGAGUAUUCAAUAGUAAGAAAAAUGUUUUGUAAACAUUUACUGUGUUUUUAAAUAAGAGAAAGAUGAAAAGCAGGCCUAUUUCAUCACAAGAACACAUACGCACACACACGCAUGCACACACAAAUAGACAUCGGAUUCCACACUUUACUUAUAAAUUCAGUGUUUCUUCCAUCUCUAUUGUCCAUUGAUCUUCAACACUUUUGUAUCCGUUAGAAGUCAGCCAAAUUUGAUAAUCUCUAUAUCUUAAUUUAAUGGGCAGAAAAGCAUGAAUAAAUAUGUAUACUUACUUGAACCAAAUUACCUUGAUAAGUUCAUUUUUGUUGAAAAAAUAGGUGGCACAAUUUAAGAACAGUAAUAUUUUUUCAACAUACUAAACAAAAUUUAUGCAGUCAUGUGCACCUACAGAAGUAUUAAGAAUUUUCACAUUUACCUAACAAAAAUUUUCUUUUCUAGAACUAUUUUUCACUCUAAGUCAUAUGUUUCUUUUUGAUUAUUUGCAUGUUAUCUUUAACAAGCUGAUAGCAAAAUAAAACAUAGUAAAUGGCA